UUUCGGAAAAUGGCCGACGUUGAGAUGGAUAUCGCGUCAAGAAGAAUGAAUAAUGGCAACGAACACGUGAAGCGAGAUUUGGAAAGCCGCGAGAGAAGUGGAAAUGAGGAAAGUGGCGAUAUGUCUGAGGAAGAGGAAGAAGAGGUAAGGGAGGAGGCAGAAACAAAUGGCGAGAAGAUAGAAGAAGGGUCCAAACAUCACAGCAGUGGCAGCAAACAUAAGAGGAAGAAACACAAGCAUCGGAGUAAGCACAAAAAACAUAAGCAUGCCUCUGAGGAGGACAAAGACCGCAAGCGCAAGCAUCGACACAAACACAGGAAACGCAAGCGCAAGGAGGGCUCUUCUCCCUCCAACGCUGCUGUCUUUGGCUCCUCUAGCCACAGAAAGACUGAAUCGUCUCCCUCCCCUGGAAACCCCAGUUUGGAUGAUCGGGCCUUGCUAGAGGAUUUGGAGAAGCAGCGGGCCAUGAUCAAAGCUGAACUGGACAGCCAGUUGAUGGAGGGCAAGGUGCAAUCGGGAAUGGGCCUGAUCCUUCAGGGUUAUAAUUCUGGGUCAGAAGAGGAUGGAGAUGCGAGGGUCAGAAAUGGAGAGCAGCGCCAAAAGGGCAGCACAGGUAAACCUGAGUCUCCCCGGGCUGGAAGAAGUGGCAAAUCUAGACGGGACUCAACAGAGGCCAGUAAAUCCAGCUCCAGGCGUCACAGUCGGAGUAAGUCUAGGGAUAGACCAUCCAAGGAGUCUAAGCAGGAGAAGACGACCAAAAGCAGCAAAGAUGCAGCUGUCAAGGACAAAGGCCGUGGCAGGAGCAAGUCACCAGACAGAAAGCGUUCAGGCAGUACUGAUAGGUCCAAAGAGAGAACCAGAAAGUCCAACUCCCCCUCCAUCAAGAGAGGCGAGCAGAGAAGUAUCCGCACUGACAAACGUUCAUCACCACAGCCUGAUGUCAGACCAGAUAAGGAAAGAGCAAACCGCCGGUCCAGAUCACCUGGACGGGAAAGGCCCAGUCGCUUAGAUGCUGAGCGAGACAAACGACCAGCUAAAUCCCCAUCCAAGGACGCUUCAUCUGGUAAAGAGAACCGCUCCCCUCAUAGACGAGGGAUUCACAGCCCCCCUAGGAGACGGAGUGUUUCACCCCGCCACAAAGAUACCCGCCAGCCCUCGGCCAGUGCCUCAGACAGGGCUUCAAAGCAGAGCCACUCUCCCUCCAGAACAAGGUCUUCUCCUAGGAGGGGCCGCAGCCGCUCACCAGAAGACAGGAGGAGGGAUGCUGACAGGCAGGAGUCACCGCUCAGAAAACGCCUGCGAACAGACAUGGGAUUAGGCAGGGACAGGUCAAGGGACACCAGUCCAAGGUCAUCCUCUCGCCGCAGGAUGAGUCGCUCACCUCUAAGACGAAGGUCUCCAUCACCACGACGACGCUCCCGCUCAUCUCCCCGCAGGCGGAGCAGGUCUCCACUGAGACACAGGUCUGGGGAAAGGGAUAGAUAUGGUAGACCCAGACAGUACCGACGCUCAACCUCGCGGGAAAGGGAAAGAAGAAGGAGGCGCAGCAGAGAUGAGGACAAGUUCAAGGGCAGCCUGUCAGAAGGGAUGAAAGUUGACCAAGAGUCUUCAGAAGGAGAAAUGUUAGAUGACUUUGAUGGUGAGGAGGUGGAUGAAGAGGCUCUCAUUGAGCAGCGCCGUCAGCAGCGCAUGGCCAUUGUCCAGAAAUACAAGGUGGGGAAUGAGGAUACCAACAUGGCAUCUGAGCCCAGCAGCCCGCAGAGCAGCACACGCAGCCGGUCACCCUCGCCUGAUGACAUCCUGGAACGAGUGGCUGCAGAUGUCAAGGAAUAUGAGCGCGAGAACCUCAACACCUUUGAGGCCAAUAUCAAAGCAAAGCACAACCUCAUCGCCCAAGAGAAAGACGGAGCCAAUCCAAAGAAGCCCUCAGCCCCUGACAUGUUUACUGAGUCAGAUGACAUGUUUGCGGCAGACUUUGAUAGUGCAAGGAUGAGAGCGGCGGGUGUUGGGAAGGACUUCAAAGAGAACCCCAAUCUUCGAGACAACUGGACUGAUGCUGAGGGUUACUACAGGGUGAACAUUGGAGAGACACUGGACAAGCGCUAUGACGUGUAUGGCUACACAGGCCAAGGAGUGUUCAGCAAUGUGAUUCGAGCAAGAGACACUGCCAGGGCUGGCCAGGAGGUGGCAGUCAAGAUCAUCCGAAACAAUGAGCUCAUGCAGAAGACUGGUCUGAAGGAGCUGGAGUUCCUCAAAAAGCUGAAUGAUGCUGACCCUGAUGAUAAAUUCCACUGCCUGCGUCUCUUCAGACACUUCUACCACAAGCAGCAUCUCUGUCUGGUGUUUGAGCCCCUCAGCAUGAAUCUGCGGGAGGUGCUGAAGAAGUACGGUAAAGACGUGGGUCUCCACAUCAAGGCUGUGCGCUCCUACAGUCAACAGCUCUUCCUGGCCCUAAAGCUGCUCAAGAGAUGCAACAUCCUCCAUGCUGAUAUCAAGCCAGACAACAUCCUGGUUAAUGAGUCAAAGACCAUUCUUAAGCUGUGUGACUUUGGUUCUGCAUCACAUGUUGCUGACAACGACAUCACCCCCUAUCUGGUCAGCAGGUUCUAUAGAGCUCCAGAAAUAAUCAUAGGGAAGCCGUACGACUAUGGUAUCGACAUGUGGUCUGUCGGCUGCACUUUAUAUGAGCUUUACACUGGCAAGAUCCUUUUCCCUGGUUCGUCUAACAACCAUAUGAUCAAACUAGCCAUGGAUCUGAAGGGCAAGAUGCCCAACAAGAUGAUCCGCAAAGGCCUGUUCAAAGACCAGCAUUUCGAUCAGAACUUGAACUUCCUGUACAUUGAAGUUGACAAAGUGACAGAAAGGGAGAAGGUGACUGUAAUGAGCACCAUCAACCCCACCAAGGACCUGCUGGCAGACAUGGUGGGAGGCCAGCGACUGCCUGAGGAUCAGAGGAAGAAGGUGAUGCAGCUCAAAGACCUGCUGGAUGGAACCCUGAUGCUGGACCCAGCAAAACGCAUCAGCAUCAACCAGGCUCUGCAACACCCCUUUAUCCAGGAGAAGAUCUGAUAUACACACACACACACACACACACACACAGAGCAAAGUUUAACCACCAGACCAGCUCUGCCAGGAACUCUGCAGUGAGGCAGCCAACAAAUAGACCUCCAUUCAGAAUGUUAUGUUAAAAAUAAUUCUUCCUCAAUGAUUUGUCUACAAAUACAUAAUCUUCUUUUAUUGUACAUAGAUCAUUGAAAUAGUAGCCAAUCUUUGAAAUAUCAGUUUUUUUUUCUUCCCUUCAUACCCCCACCCCACCCAUACUUGGCCAUGCUGUUGAGGACAUUUUUUUUUUUAUUUAACUGGCAUUGAAGUGACUGCUAUAAUUCCUGUAAAUAUGUGUAUCGCAUUGUUAAAAUCUCAUGAGUCAGCCAGUUUAGUUUUUGGACGUAGUUGGAGAGUUAAUGACACUUUUUUUUCCUUUUUCUUUUUUUUAAAUGAAAUCUGCUCAUUGUGGGGCUAUGCAUGCUUUUGAAUGUGCACCCUUUGUGCUCACAUUUCUGUGGUGCAGGCCUGUGUAAAUGCUCUGUAUGUGCAUCAUCGUCCCACAUGUAAUGGCGCUAGUCUCUCCCCUUGCCCGCAAUUUCCAGGUAUCAGGCUGAACUGAAGGAAAAGAUUUUAUAUAUAUAUACACAUAUACACACACACACACGCACACACACACACACACACACACACACACACACACACUGGUUUCCCCAUACAAUAGAAUUUCUCCAUUUCAAAUGUUUUCAUGUCAUCUGUUGGUUCACAGCUCUGAGCUUUUUCUCUGUCUCUCUCACUCUCCCUCCAAGUACUGUGGCUCGGUCCUGGCUCUUAAGGCUCUCAGAUUUAAGUGCCUCCUGUAUGAGCCUAGUUUGUUAAACACCAAGCAAUGUUGGCCUGUUAAAGCCACACUUGUAACAGCUGUUCCCCACGUUGUAUAUAUUCCAUCAUUUAUCAUAUGUCAUGUUUGAAUUUUUUUUUCUUUUCCACCCAUUCAAUGGUUAAAAAAAACUUGUGAUUUCAAUAAAUAGUUGUAAAACAAAGCUGGUGAAAGAGCACCUUCAGUGUAACACAACUUUUAGUAUUAAAAUAUUUCAUAUUCUAUAUCAAAAUCCUGUUUUCUUUUUACCCCUCAUAUAUCCACAUGACGGAGGUGAUUAUGUGUCGGUGGUUUUGUCACACAUCUUGGAUACGCUGUGGAGAGUUUCAGAUAGGGGGUGAGACGGUGGUUGAAUCUGUGACUUACAGGUUUCACAACUGA